AAGAUCAUAGGGUCUCUGUAUAGCCGUUAUAGUUGUGCUGUUACCGGGAGCACCGCAUCAUUCAACCAUCGAUAUAUCGCUGUCAUUCAACAAAGAAGGACUAUACAGCCAUAGCGCCAUAAACUUCCUAAAGUCCUACUCGAUUCCCAACUCCCAAUCGAUUCAAGCGAUCGCUUUUCGAUUCAGAGCUGAACCGCCGGAUCGUCCUCAACUCCUCUGUCAUCCGGGAUGUCGUCCGGCAAGAAGAGCAUGAAGGGUAGCACCUUCGCCCCUUCGCAGGGCGAGGUCAACGCACAUCAGGAGCUGGACCCCUACCGAUCCUUGCCAGGUUCCUUCAAGAAACCUCUACUAGAGUUCUCAGCUGCCAACCCGUUCCCGCCAGACCUCCCUUCCCCUGCCAGCUGUUCUCUCCUGAAGAUCAAGCCUCAACACUAUAACGGCCGUCUCGCCAACAAGUCCCUCAUCCUCCAAGACCCACCUCUUUCCGGCCCCUCUGCCCAGGAAGCCGAGAGGAAACAGCAUGCCGUGAACAAGGGCAAGAAGCGAAGAGCUUUGGCUACGAAAGAAGAGGUGGAGAGGUUCGACAAGGAUGAUGAGAGGGGGGUGAAACGGAAACGAGCGGGGUUGGGUAAUCGGAAAGAGAGUCGAAAGGCAUGGAACCUGGAAGCUGGGGUGAAAAUUUCCUACAACCUCCUCCUCCCGCUUCACUACCUCUACCUAUCAUAUCUAUCUGAGCUCCUAUGUCUCCCUCCUUACCAAGAAGCUCCUCAGCCUCAACACAAUGCACCAUCAACAAGUAAUUCAGGUCUUACACCUCUUCCCUCUUCCCGGCUUCCCAAUGGAUUAGGGUGUGAGUUGAUCAGCGCUCGCAUCGUGAAGUCCGAUAUGACGGGUGCCCUUCUGCGAGUGAAACGCUCAAAAAACAAGGCGUUGCAAGGGUUGGAAGGGUUGGUCGUCCAAGAGACAGCUGGGACUUUCAAGGUUGUCGCUAAGGAUGGGGUCGUCCGAGUCUUACCGAAAGGCAACACCCUCUUCCUCCUAUCCUUUCCCGCCUAUGCCUUCCACACACUCCCUCACGCACCCAACGCGAAGCAGGAAGAAGCUCAACCUCCCCCUCCGCUCGACCCUAUCGAUCCUUCCGACCCUCUCGCCUUCCUCUCCGAGACCCCAUCAAACACGCCCGCCCCGACGUCAAAACACCAAGCUUUCGAGGCCUCCUUGGCCCGAGUACCACGGAUCGAGAUCGAUAUCCUCGGCUCAGCAUUCGCUUUCCGUAGCGAAGACAGGGCAGGGAGGAAGUUUAAACCGGGGACAGUGCUCGAUCAGGGCUGGGCGGCGGAUUGGCUUCUGCCCGAGAUGUUCGACGAGUAAGGCUGUAGCCACGAAAGCCAGCUGUUCUCCCUUGUGUCGAGUUCUAUGCAUGGGCUAUCUAUAAGGGUGUUCUAAAUCUGCUAUGCUACUGUAUAGUACAAUUGGUUUUUGGCCUAUACCUGACAGGCACGUGAAGCUAAACCCAGUUCCUCAUCAAGUUCCGAUGGAAUACACGAUGUAAAUAACGCUUUACGAAUGGACCCGAAUAAAGCGAUUGAUCAGUAAAUACACAUGAUUGAUCACAGUCGGA